AUGAGCGAGCAGGUGUCGGCAGCUUCCUUAUCUUCAACAGUCCGCGCCAUGGAGCGCUUGAUUCGCAGCCACAUCCAUGUCAUGGAGAAAAGUGCCAAAUUGUUGGAACCCCCUCCUGAAACAAAAACCCUCGUGCCAUCCGCUGUUUCCUCUAUGCUAGGCAAGAAAAAAGGCGGGAAAGAAGUUAUAAAGAAGCAAGAUAAGGUGACAGUAUACGUGAAGGUUCUCUUUUUAAAGAUCGGCGUCAUUGAUACCAUCCACGACAGGUACACUGCGGAAAUCAUGGUGCAAACGAAAUGGCGGGAAACCAGUUUGGACGGUUCAAAAAUUCCCCCUGGCGAGAUCGACCUCGGUUCUUACUGGAACCCCAAGGUAGCAAUCUCGAAUGGCAUUGGCGAUCUGAAGUACACAACGACGAAUUUUGUUGAGUUUGACCAGAUUGGGAGGGCCUGGGUUUACGAGAGGAGGAGAACCAAUGGUCAGUUUUUUGAGUUCAUGGAGCUUAACAAGUUUCCAUUCGAUGGGCAGGACCUGACGGUGACGAUAACAUCUGAGCGUGUGGACAGCGAGUUGGAGUUCAUUCAGGACGACAGUGGCGAGAGUGCGGUCAACGCAGAAGCCUUCAGUGCGGCCCAGGAAUGGAAACUUCAUGGCAAGGUGAACAUUUGGACGAAGGUCAAUGUCAAGAAGGUCAACAAGAAGAAGAUGAGGUACCCCUGCUUCUGUGUCGCUGCCAAAGUGGCGAGGAGACCUCAGUUCUUCAUCUACAACAUCAUCGUCAUCAUGUUUUCUAUCUGCAGUUUGGCAUUUGCAACCUUCACAGUGAAACCUGAAGCUCCAGAGUCCAGGCUGCCCUUGACCUUCUUCCUCGUCCUCACCACGGUCACCUUCAAAUUCGUCGUCAACAAAAGUCUACCCAAAAUAUCCUACCUGACGUAUCUAGACAAGUACAUCCUAGGCUCCAUGGUUAUCCUCUGCACCAUUUGCAUCUGGCACUCCAUAGCCGGUUCAUUGGUCAACAAUGCAACCCAAAACACGUCAGCAACUUCGACCACGGCAGCCACUCUACCUACGACCACAAAAGCCGUUGCGGUUACUACUACAUUGAGCACCUCUGUAGUCAGCUGUCCGGCCAUCUCGAAGCCUCCUUCUACUCCUUUCGGCAAGACGAUCGAUCAAUCCAUCAUGGGAGUCUUUGCAGUCAUCUACGUCGGUUUCCACCUCUGCUUCAUCUUCCUCAUCAUCUGCAAGGGAGCCGAUGAUGAAGUCAACGAGAGCCUGAACGUGAGCGAGGAUGAUGAUGAUGAAGAUGCAGAGAAGAAGGAGUCCAGGAGCAACAUGGCUAUGGUUGCUCUCGGACUUUUUGGGAAUGGGGACAAGGUCAGUCCUACCAGCGAUUCCAUGGCCAAGGCCAGUCCUCAAGGUCAAACUACUCAGCCAAUCAGAAGUGGAGGCAGGCUGCAGAAUGGACUGCCCCCAGUGCAUGAAUGA